GUGCAUCUACCUCCUCCGGCGGACAGAGGCGGCAGCGGCGGCCUCCUCCCAGGCCGUUCUUUCCACGGAGGCCGCGCUGGCGGAGCUCCGGGGCUCGGGCGCCCGAGCUCCUCUGAGCUUUCGCUUCGAAGGGUCUUGGGGCGCCUUCGCCUGGGAGGACGGCUCGCCCUGGCACGAGCAAUGGGCGAGAGAUCGACCUGCUCUGGUGGCCUUUGGGCAGAAGGACGGCCAGCGAAGAAGCCAGUGC